ACGGACACAUUAGCCGGAAAUGUCGUUAUCGUUUUUCCAGCAACGCUAACAGUUGAAUAGGUGCAGAGCGCCAAUACACAACUUCUUAACCAUGUCUGCUAAAUUAAACGCUUUGAAUAGCGAUUCUUACAUUGAUGUUAGUCAAUACAGGGACCAGCAUUUUAAGGGUAACCGCUAUGAACAGGAGAAGCUGCUGAAACAGAGCCACACUUUGUAUGUGGGGAACCUCUCGUUCUACACCACAGAGGAGCAGGUACAUGAGCUGUUUUCUAAAAGUGGAGAUGUCAAGCGCAUCAUCAUCGGCCUGGAUAAAAUCAAGAAGACAGCCUGUGGAUUCUGCUUUGUGGAAUACUACACACGUGCUGACGCAGAACACGCCAUGCGCUUCAUUAAUGGCACACGGCUGGACGACCGUAUCAUCAGGACAGACUGGGACGCUGGCUUCAAGGAGGGACGACAAUACGGCCGCGGUAAAUCUGGAGGACAGGUGAGAGAUGAGUACAGGCAGGACUACGACCCAGCCAGAGGCGGCUACGGUAAGCUGGCUCAGCAGCAUCCAGCCGGAGAGUCACGUAAUAGUUUUUAGACUGAACCUCUCCGCAGCAGUGUGCCUGAACCACACAGAGCGCCCCACCGUCUGUGCUGGACUGGACUAAUCCUCUAACAACACACCACCACAGAUUGUUUGUCCCAGUGUUACCAUGAAACCAUCUACAGCAGGCCUGCGUGGAACCACUGGACUCCGGAAAUUAGCAGCUGUUAUUUAUUUCUUUUGGAGGCUUGUUCUCUGGCUUCCUCUGUGACUUCCAUACCUGCUCUCAGUCUAGAACAUGGUAGCACAAGAAAAAACCUCAGUUACUGUGUGAUAUUUAGUGAUAUUUUCAUCAUCCUGCAUUUGGAAAUACCAUAAAUUUCCCUACAGACCGGAAAACUCUGAUGGUGAUAGAGUGACUGGAUCAAAUGCUUCAAAUAUCAAAAUGAUCUUUUUCUCUGUCUAUGUCAUGUUCAGAUAUUACACUGCUCAAGUAUUGAUUUUCAUGAAUGAGCCUUUGUGUCCCAAACUGUGUAUACUUUUUUAAAAUAAAGAAUUUUUUUGACA